AUGUCGGAAGAACGACCCCUUUCAGUAAAAGAGAGACUGGCAAGAUUUGAAAAUCUUGCAAAUAAACCCCAGGAACCUGUAAGAUUGAGACAGCGACAGGGUCCCAGAAGACGCCGGCCACAUACUCUCAAUACGUUUGCUCGAGAUGAACUUGAAGGUUUCUUGAACAAUCAUUUACAAAACAGGCCACUAAUUCCAGAGCAGCGAGAAAGUACUCCUGAAAAUUCGCCUGAUGAUUCUCCGGUUGAAUCUCCUCCAAGAGAGGAACCUCCUCAGCAAAAUAACAAUCAGAGUUCUUUGGAGUUUGAAGAAACGAAGGAAAAACUCAAACUUUGCGAGAAUGCGAAUAGACAACUCCAGCAAGAUGUUAAGAAAUUCGAGAGCAGAGUUGAAAACUUGCAUUUUCUGACUCAUCAAAUGAAGAAGCUGGUAUGCAAUUCGUGCCACGAAGAAGCUAUAUCUGUUGCGUAUGUUCCUUGCGGCCAUGGCUUUUGCUUUAAUUGUUUGAAUGAGUUCGAGAGACCUGCGAAAUAA